UUCGAAAUUAUAUAGUCUAACAGCCCUACUCGCGUCCGACCGGAUCGUAUCUGGCCAGAUUCAUGAUGGAUCUUUACAAUCUUCCGAUCGACCUUCGCCAUGAAAUUGCAACACACUUGACUUUCAGCUGCGUUGCCAAUUGGGCACUCGUUAGUCGCCGACACUAUGAGUGCAUUAAUCCUAUCCUGUACCUAAAGUUGCCCCGUUACCGACCUUCAGAGAAACGGGGCGAGAAGCCAUCUCCAGGGUCCGACCCUCGCUUUCGAGGCCUCGUCUUGGCCUGGGCAGCAUCUCGAGGAAGGCUAAACACAAUCAAGAACAUUGUCUCGUCGGCAGGACAGGGGCCUUGGCUCAACGAACCGGUUUUUGGAUAUGGCCAUGGAGGUGGACUGAGAACUCCCGGCUUCUACGGAAUGCCACCGAUGCAUCAUGCCGCAGGGUGUGGCAAUGCCGAUGUCAUCGACCUGCUAGUCGACUAUGGCGCAGAUCCAGACCUGACCACUGCAGGAGAUCUUCGUCCAAUCCACUACGCCCGCAACGCAGACGUGGUGCGAACCCUUGUUCGCCAUGGCUGUUCAAUCCAUGCUACCAACCUAGAGAGUACACCACCUCUCGCUUACCUUGUCAUGUCACGGACGGGUAAUAUCGGCGCUAUCAAGAAACUGCUACAUCUAGGAAGUGAUCCUAACGAUGUAGCACCUUGGGGUAACAAUGCCGGACAAGAAGCAGUACGUCUUGGCGACCCAAUGAUCUUGAGGUUGCUCUUGAAAGCUGGGCUCCGAGUCGCAGAUAUAUCACCCGCAGGGAGAGCCUUGGUGAAUACAACCCCGAAGCAACCGUCAACAGGGGGUUCUACGGUUGACCGCGAUCCUACUAACCGACGUAGAGGAAGAUCCUUGAUAUACGAAGCAAUCAAGCACUGCGGAAAGCUGAUGCUUUACGCGGUGGAUCUCGUCGAUAUUCUUCUCAAACAUGGCGUCCCCGCGCAUGGUGGGGAAGUUGUGGUGUAUCGAGAACUGACCCUGCUCCGGACAAACCUCUACUUGGCCGUAACUCUCCAAGUAUCAUCUACGCUUGUGAGGCUACUGCUUGAAAACGGAGCCGAGACAGAGGCCAAAUGCUGGAACCCUGAUCUCUUCUCAAGGGAAGGUGCUCGUUCUCCACUACAGAGAGGAGCAAGUGACCCAGAAACGCCUAUGACGCGGGCGCUUUUUCAGGCCAGCGUCGGGGAUCAUACACCUGUUGGCCGAGGCAGACUCAAUAUCGCCUCCAUACUCCUAGAGUAUGGGGCCAACAUCAACCAACAGUUUCAGGAUUCAACACUUUUGACAAAAUUCUUGGCUGAGGAGGCGACAACGGACGUGCGAGAGGUAGUCCUUUUCAUGCUCGAGCGCGGCGCCGAUGUGCAUGGGACUCACACGAUAGAUCAAAAGCGCUAUCAACCAAUCCAUCUCGUCUUGCGCAGCUCGACUCUUUUCGAAGGAGGCUCAGGCUGGUUCAAGCGUAGCAGGCGUUGCGGACAGACUGCAGGACUUGACUUGCUACGAAGCCUUCUGGAGCACGGCGCUGAUCCUAACGCGUUAGAUGAGCUUGGAGAUUCUCCACUGGCAUAUGCGUGCCGGCUGCCUCUUGAAUUCAAUGCCGGAGGAGCCAUUAAGCUCUUGUUGAAGCACGGAGCAGAUAUAAACGGCGUUUCCAGUGAGGGGCUUGCUCAUCUACACACAAUUCUCAACAUGUUGCCACAUCGAUCGAGCGAAGCAAACAAUAGUCUUUUCUAUUGUCCUGGAAGCACAGUUCUGGAAAUACCCACCAGAUUCCAGAUGAUGAUGACAGGCGCUGUCUCGAGAAACCUAGACCUUGAGGCCCGUAAUGUUGAAGGGAUGACGGCUCUAAUGAGCAUCGCUGCGACAAAACUGCAUCUGGGCAGGGAUCAGGGCACAUUCUUUGAUGCUUUCACGAUAUGCGAGAGAAUGAUGGUCAUGUUGUUGCGCAAUGGUGCUGAUAUUCAUGCGACACAAAGUGGAAACAGCGAUAAUUCGCUUACCUCCGGCGGCACGGCACUUCAUUUCGCCUGUUACAACUGCAACAUUGCCGCGCUCGAGUUGCUCCUCCAAAAGGGUGCAUCGAAAGAUGUCAACCGCCUCACUCAAACCGGUUUCACGCCCCUGAUGGUGUUGAUAACUGGAGGACUUGACAAAGCCAUGACGAAAGCCGAGUUGGAGCAUAUGACCCAGGUGCUUCUCGAUGCAGGUGCGGACCCGGCUAUCAACAGUCCAGACGGCAAGACAGCCUUCGAUAUCUGGAUCACGCGGCAUCCGACCAUUUAUACUGGAAGAUUGAUCCGACAUUAAGCUGUUUGCGAUAUCAUGACGUUAGUCUGAAGGGGGUUAGAAAACCCCUCUCUGACCAGUCUCUGUCACAUAUUUCGGGAUCGGGAUAUCGGAUUUCUACUGUAUUGAAGCUUUCUUCCUUCAUCAUAGGCGUCCAUCGCCACCUGCCUCGUCAUAGUCCUAGCUUUUCCUUGAUUUUAUCAAUAGCUAGCUGAAGCCAAAGACUCCGGACCAUCCGGAGCCUCUCGGCCGUCCGAGGUCAUCCGAGGUCAUCUUCAUCUAUAAGACUGACCUAACAGACCUCUAUUAGAUAGGAAGAAUAGCAAGAGCUUCUCACACACAUGAUCCUAUCCAUCUGCUAGAUGCAACA